AUGCUGGCCCUCCGCUCGAUUGCUGCCCCGGUGCAGCGCCAAUCCUGGCGUGCAGCUCCCCGCGCCGCCGUUACCCUCUCGCUGCAGAACCAGAGGCUGUACUCAUCGCAAGAGCGUGUCGCCAAAUUCAACGGACAGAAGGAUGCGCAGGGUCGCUACACUGUCAGCUUGAUCGAGGGCGAUGGCAUUGGCCCCGAGAUCGCCGUUGCCGUCAAGGACAUCUUCGCUGCCGCCAAGACCCCGAUCAAGUGGGAGCCCAUCAACGUCGACCCUAUUCUCAAGGAUGGCAAGACGGCAAUUCCCGAUGCCGCCAUCGAGAGCAUCAAGAAGAACAAGAUUGCCCUGAAGGGGCCCCUUGCCACUCCCAUUGGCAAGGGCCACGUCUCUCUCAACCUUACUCUCCGCCGCACAUUCAACCUCUUUGCCAACCUUCGUCCCUGCCGGUCGGUCGCCGGGUACAAGACACCGUACGACAACGUCGACACCGUCCUGAUCCGCGAAAACACCGAGGGCGAGUACUCCGGCAUUGAGCACGUUGUGGUGGAUGGCGUCGUCCAGAGCAUCAAGCUCAUUACCCGUGAGGCCAGCGAGCGUGUCCUGCGGUUCGCCUUCCAGCACGCCCGCGCCAUCGGCCGCAAGAAGGUCCGCGUCGUGCACAAGGCCACCAUCAUGAAGAUGAGCGACGGUCUCUUCCUUACCGUCGGCAACCAGGUCGCCAAGGAGUUCCCGGAUAUCGAGUUCGACGCCGAGCUGCUCGACAACACCUGCCUGAAGAUGACGACCGACCCCAUCCCGUACAACGACAAGGUCCUGGUGAUGCCCAACCUCUACGGUGACAUUCUGUCCGACAUGUGUGCCGGCCUGAUCGGCGGCCUGGGCCUGACGCCCUCCGGCAACAUCGGUGACGAGUGCUCCAUUUUCGAGGCCGUCCACGGUUCCGCCCCUGACAUCGCCGGCCAGGGCCUCGCCAACCCCACCGCCCUUCUCCUCAGCUCCAUGAUGAUGCUGAGGCACAUGGACCUCAACGAGUACGCGGACCGGAUCGAGAAGGCGGCGUUUGACACGCUGGCCGAAGGCAAGGCCCUGACGGGCGACCUGGGCGGCAAGGCGAAGACGCACGAGUAUGCGGCGGCCAUCAUCGAGAAGCUAUGA